UUCUCUCUUGGUCAAAUUUGAUCCAUAAACUCAUUUUUGCCUCAAGGCUGGGGGAAAUUAUUAUAAAAGAAGUUAAAUGUUAUCAAGAGUUGUUAAUUCCAUGUUGAGGUUUUGCUAGCCACUCAAAGAUAUAUACAAGUUGUAGUUUAUCUUCUACAAAACCUAAUUAUAUCGAUGAUGAUGAUGAACGAUAUAUGAGAUAUAUAUCAUGAAUUCAUCAAGUGGAAAUAAUUUUCAGACGAAGCAAGAAUCGAAUGAUAGUAAAUUGAGCUCAAAGACGACUAGUGCACCAUCAAGUUCAAGGCAAUGGGGAGUUAAUAAAAACCCAAGAAUAGUACGCGUAUCGCGUACUUUUGGAGGGAAAGAUAGGCAUAGUAAGGUGUGCACGAUAAGGGGGCUUAGAGAUCGAAGAAUUAGACUUUCAGUUCCAACUGCAAUUCAAUUGUAUGAUCUUCAAGACAGGCUUGGUCUGAGCCAACCUAGUAAAGUUGUAGAUUGGCUACUAGAAGCAACUAAACUUGAUAUCGAUACUCUUCCACCACUUCCUGUACCACCUGAAUACUUCACUAGGUUUCAACAACCACCCCAUGAGGAGUACUCUGAUGUCCAACAAGUUCGUUCUCAAUGGUUCAAUGCGAAUAGUACACCUUAUUUGGAUCAUGGAAAAAACAAGUCAAUUGCUUCAAAUCAUGAGGAAUCAAAUCAAGAGGAUAAUCAUGUCUUUACAUUAGGCAAUCAUCGAUCAUCUAAUUUACCAGGCAUGCCUUUCAAUUCUUAUAACUAUCAAUGGGAUGAUCAGCCUAAUUCAAAUUUAUCUUUAGGUCAUUUUGGACACAAUAAUUCAUUUUCAUCCCAAAUAGAUGAUGAUCAUCAAUCUCAUCAAAAUACUAGUUUCCCUCUAUCAUUGGGAUCAUCAUCUUCGCCUUUUCCUUUGAGUUCUCAAUUGUAUUUCAAUCCAAUAACAACAACAUUUCAACCUAUAGUUCCAUCUCCUAAUUAUAUGACAAAUCAUCAUCCCAUUGAGAGUCAUGAUCCCAGGGCUAAUAUGAACCAUUUCAAUUUCUUAAGCUCAAAUACUUCACACAAUAAUCCACUUGUGAUGCCAACUCUUAAUUUGAUCAGUUCCCAAAUAAAACCCUUUAGUCUCAAUGAUGAUCCUAGAUGGAUGACUUCAAGAGAUGAUGAUGAUGACGAUGAUGAUGAUGAUGAUGAUGAUGAUGAUGAUAAUCAACCACAUGAUGAAGGUCGCGCAAUUUAAUUCUAAAUCAAGUGGAGGAAAUGAAUCUUCGUCUUUACUUCAAAUAUUUUGAAUUAUAAGUUGUUGUCCUGGAUUGUUCAUGAGCAAACAUAAUCAUGCUACAUUAUUCCUUCUUCACAGGUACAACAAAUAAUUAAAGUGAAUCAUUCUAUUUCUUGUUCCAUAUAGUUUUAUCUCUAUUCUGAAA